AUGGCAAAGCUCUCCCCUAAGGAGGUUACCCUCUACUUGUUAGUUCUGGUGCCUGUUUGUUUUCUAGCAACAGCCGCUUUACAACAGUUACGGGCUGUCGAAGAAUCUCUGUUACCUUUUUUGUACUACCAUUUCAAAGCAAAGGAUAUACCAUUCAUAAUGGCAGCCGUCACAUUUAUGUGGACAUAUGUGAUUACUGCUUCCCUCAGCGUUAUCGCACAAUCAUCUGGAGUAAAGAAUGGUUAUCAUAACAAUGAACCCCGGGUCCAUAGGUCAUCAGUCAAAGGAGCCAUGGCAAGAAUGGUGGCCGCGCAUCAAGUGGCUUUGGAGAACGCUCCAGCAUUUUUUGCUGCUGUGAUUAUCGCGUCAGCAAAACAAGUACCUCUGAAGUACAGAAAUAGCUUCUCAGUCAUAUAUACCUUCCUACGGAUAAUUCACACUCCUCUCUACGUUCUGGACUUUGACAUUGCACGUGUAAUCACGCACAUAAUGGCCCUGUCAUGUACUGUAUGGCUUUUUGCAUUUGCCCUUUUUCCUGGAUUCGAAGAACAUUAUUCUUCAAUCACUGAAGUUGUAGCCAUAUUGAGGAGUGUAUCAGAUUGA